AUGGCUGUAGCUGCUUAUGCAUCGUUGGUUUCUCUUACUCAUGUCCUUGACAACGUUCAUUACCGUGCUCAGCUUCGUCGCCUUCAUGUGGACAUAACACGGAUUGAAUCUCUCCAGGAAAGCAUCAAUUUCUUGGUGGAGUUCCUUGAAUUGAACCAUGGAAGAAAAGGCCAGCAGAUUGAAGAUCUUUGGAGACAAAUAUCUGAAGCUAGUUUUGAGCUUGAAGAAACUUUUGACUUACAUGUUGUGAGCCAACUUCAGAAGGAAUCUCCAGGAGAAAAUAGUGAUAUGGGUGCGAGAGCAUUUGAUGAAGAUUUGGACACUAUGAUCCAAAAGAUUGACUGCAUCAAGCGAAAGCUAUCGAUGGUUGAAGAGGUAGUGGAGGAGUUCAUGGUUGAAAAGCAAACCAGAGCUUCAGCUGUUCCAGCAGUUGGUUCUUCAAUUGGUGCAUCUUCCAUUUCAAAGAAUACUAUUGUGGGACUUGACGAACACGUGAUGAAGAUAAAGGGUGAGCUUGCAAGAUAUGAUGACAAUCUCCAAAUCAUCCCAAUUGUCGGUAUGGGGGGUAUUGGCAAGACUACUCUUGCUAAAAAAGUUUAUGAGGAUAAAUUUGUUGUCGAACGCUUUGAUGUGCGCAUUUGGAUUACAAUUUCUCAGGAGUAUAGUGUUGAUGAGAUACUCCUUGGUCUUGUCAAUGACGGAAAAGUAGAAAGACAUGGUGGAAAUUCAGAUGGUCCUGGAGAAGUAUUGCACAAAAAGCUGUAUGGUAGAAGAUACUUGAUUGUUAUGGAUGACUUAUGGACUCUUCAAGCUUGGGAUGAUUUAAGGAGAUUCUUUCCAGAUAAUGGGAAUGGAAGUCGGAUUAUUAUAACCACUAGGCUAUCACAUGUAGCUGGUUCUUUAAGCUCUCACGACCCUUAUUCGAUGACACCAAUGGACAUGAAUACAAGCUGGAGUUUAUUUUGUCAAACUGUAUUUGGAGAAGAAAAUUGUUCACAUCCCGAAUUGGAGAAAAUCGGAAGGGGGAUUGCCAGAAAUUGUAGAGGACUUCCUUUACAAAUUACUGUUAUAGGAGGACUACUUGCAAAGUCUGGCAUGAAGAAAGAGUAUUGGGAAUCGGUUGCUAAAAAUGUAAGUUCCUUUAGCAAUGCAAGUGAUGGUGAACAUUGUUUGAAUAUAUUACUUCUGAGUUAUAAUAAUCUGCCUAUAUAUCUCAAGCCAUGUUUCCUCUACAUGAGAACCUUCCCAGAAGAUGCUGAAGUUCAUUUCUUAAGUCUAAUAAAUUUUUGGGUUGACGAAGGUUUUAUAACAACGAAAGAAGAUAAAAGUUUGGAAGAACUUGGUAAGGAGUACUUGAAAGAUCUUGUUGAUAGAAAUCUUCUUUUUGUGCGUGAACAAGAAGAUACGGGGGAAUUAGAAACAUGUGGCAUCCAUGAUCUUUUGCGAGACCUAUGCAUUAGUAUUUCUAAAAAAGAGAAUUUUUUGUGUUCUCCAAGAAUACAAUACUUGAAUCUGACAUAUUAUUUCGGAAGAGUGUGCUUUCUAUGUGGUGAUUCAGCGACAGAAGUAGAAAGGAGAAAUCUCUUUGCAUUUGAUGUUAUUUCUCCAUCAGCUUCAUAUGCUAAUCCUCCCGUUUGUGGUAACUGUGAAGUGACUUAUUCGCAUAUGAAGAGACUAAGAUUGGUCAAAGUCGUCGAUGAAGUUGGUGUAGCUCAUGAUUCACUUGUGCAGCACACUAAACUAAGGUAUGUCUCUGUCUCAUUCAAUAAGCCUCUAAUGUUAAUAUCUUCUUCGAUGCUACGCUUGCUAUGGAACCUUCAGAGUGUAUCUUUCCAAGAUUCACCUUUGGUAGUUUUACCAUCUGAAAUCUGGGAGCUGCCGCAACUUAGAACUAUUGACUUCAAGGAUGUAGUGCUGCCGAAGCCUCCAAAUGCUCAUGUCGAAGAGAAAGAUGCUUUUACUCUGAAGAAUCUUCAAAGCCUAGGCAGUGCAAGGAACCUUGAGCUCACUGAUGAGAUUCUUGAUGGAAUUCCUAAUUUGAAGGAUCUAGUAAUAAAGUAUGAUAAGCGUCUGAGAGGGUCGGAUACUUCUUUGUGUUAUCUUGCCAGAUUGCUGAAACUUGAAACACUAGUUGUUGAAAAUACGUUGCAGAACAUUGGCUUUCCAAAUUCUCUCAAAGUGUUGGCUCUGAAGAGAUGCAGAAUUCCUUGGAGUGGUAUGUCCAUAGUUGGUUCAUUACCCAAUCUUGAACAACUUCUUUUGAUUCAUACUGCAGAGGGCUCUGAGUGGAAUCCAACCGAAGGGGAAUUUCUUCGAUUAAAAGCUUUGUGGAUUAAUGGUAGUGAUGUAGUACAAUGGGGAGCUGAUCAAAACCACUAUCCUAGGCUCGAGUAUCUUUCACUGUGUAACUUACCUUCAUUGGAAGAAAUCCCUUCGGGUGUCGGAGAUAUACCAACACUACGGAAAAUUCGCUUGAAAUAUUGCAGUGAGUCUGCUGUGGAUUCGGCAAACCAAAUAUUAGAGGAACAACAGAGCAUGGGAAAUGAUAUCCUCGAGGUCUAUGUCUCUGAUGAUUCUGGAGAUGAUGAUACAGAUGAAGAUGAUGAAACUGAAGGCGAAGAUGAAGACGAAGACAAUGAUGAAGAUGACGAGUCUGAUGGCAAAGACAAAUAUGAAGAUGAUGUGAAGAUGAAGAUAAUGAGUCUGCCUCAUGGCCCUAAGGACAGAAGAAGAAGAAGAGGAAGAAGAAGAAGAAGAAGAAGAUGUUCUUCCCUUCCUGUAUUUGCAACAAUUUUGCUACAAAUCGAGCCACGAUCUGGAUUGAGGUGCUUGUGGCUGUAA